GACGAAAAUGUCGCAAAAAGAACCGGGUUUAGAUAUUCCGGUGCUGAGCGUAUUUAGGCAGUAAGAUUUAGCCCGGAGUAAAACGGUGAUCGACAAACCAUUUUCAAGUCUAAUCUUUUCUUCUUCAAUCAUCCAAAAUUCAUCAACUUUUCAACUCUUGGCUUUGUUUAGUCAAUCACAAAACUUCAUUUUAUCAAUCUACUUCUUGGAUCCUUAUCCUUAAUCACUAUUCUUUUUUUUUUUUUUUUUUUUGUAUCGAUCUUUGCUAUUUUCGAAUCGACUUCAAUCUUCACCUUUUUGAGUUUUAAACUAUAAUUUUUUGUAGGUUCUUUGAGUUUUCAUCUGCCUUAUAUUAUUUUUUCUGAAAUUUUGCAAUUCGUUGCUCCUCAAUUACAUAAUUUGAAGAGGGAUAAUUAGUAGAAUUUUGGGAAUUUGAAUCCAUUUUUUAAUAAUUGAGUUUUAUAGGUGAUCGGGUUGCAGUCUUUUGGGUUGGGGGAAUCCAAUACCUGAAUGAGGAAGACACUCAAUUUUCUCAAGUUGUAAUCUAGUUGAAUUUGGAGGUCAAGGAUGAACUGAGUGAUGAAAGUUAGCAGGGGAUUUUGGUGGGCAUAGCUAAUUUUUAGUUGGUUUUGUCUAUGGAUGAAGUUAGACGGCACGAUGGUGGUGAUCUUGCAGAUGAGUCACCGUCAUCUUCGCCGUCAAAUGUUUCUGGGUGGUCUCCACGUCAGCUGGCUUUCCGUCCAUAUUCGCUUUCUCAAGAUUUGAGUAAGAAGCCCAAAUCUUUAAGGGUUGUUGUUAAAAGACCUUUGGUAGCAAAACUUACAAAGCACAUUGUUGAAACCUAUCAAGAAUGCAAUGUUGAAUUCAGAUUUUCUGAAGAAUUAAUUCCCAAGAGGUUUUUAACAAGUCCAUCCGAUGGCGUGCUUAAUGAUGGCCAUGAUAAUGCAAAUUCAGAUCUUAUUCUUUUUGUGAAUUAUGUCUUGGUCAAUUCUCGUACUCAACAAAGAUACAUCGUGAAGGAUAUUCUUGGGCAUGGGACAUUUGGACAGGUUGCUAAGUGUUUGGUGCCUGAAACUAAUAGUUUUGUAGCAGUCAAGAUUAUAAAGAACCAGGCUUCUUACUAUCAACAGGCAUGGGUUGAAGUUUCAAUCUUGACAACGUUAAACAAAAAGCUUGAUCCUGAGGAUCAACAUCAUAUUGUUCGCAUCAAUGACUACUUUGUCUUUCAGUGUCAUCUGUGUAUUUCUUUUGAGUUGCUAGAUACUAACUUGUAUGAGUUGAUUAAACUUAACAAAUUUAGAGGGCUAUCGCUGAGCAUUGUGCAGUUGUUCUCAAAGCAGAUUUUGCGUGGGUUGGAAUUGAUGAAAGAUGCUGGUAUUAUUCACUGUGAUCUAAAGCCAGAGAACAUUCUUUUGUGCACUAGUAAACCAGCAGAAAUAAAAAUAAUUGACUUUGGAUCUGCAUGCAUGGAAGAUAAGACCGUUUACUCUUAUAUUCAGAGCCGUUAUUAUCGGUCCCCAGAAGUGCUUCUUGGCUAUCAAUAUAAUACUGCUAUUGACAUGUGGUCGUUUGGUUGCAUUGUUGCUGAGUUGUUUCUUGGCCUACCUUUGUUUCCUGGAGGAUCAGAAUUUGACCUACUUAAAAGAAUGAUCUGCAUACUUGGGGGUCAACCCCCUGAUCAUCUAUUGAAGAAGGCAAAAAGCACGAGCAAGUUCUUUAAGUUUGUUGGAACUGUUGAUCAUAUAGAGGCUGGGCAUGUUUCAAUGGGGCCAAAAAGUUCUUACCAAGCAUUAUCUGAGGAAGAGUAUGAAGCAAGGGAGAAGAAGAAGCCUGUGAUUGCAAAGGAGUAUUUUAAUUAUAUGAAUUUGGAAGGAAUUGUUGCAACUUAUCCUUACAGGAAAAACCUGUGUGAAGAAGAAAUAAUUAAAGAGAGGCAAGUACGGCUAGCACUUAUUGAUUUUCUAAGGGGACUUGUGGAGUUUGAUCCUGCAAAACGGUGGUCUCCAUAUCAGGCUUCAAAACACCCUUUUGUAACUGGAGAGCCAUUCACAAGCCCAUAUAAACCUCCUGUAGAGACUCGUGUGCCGGUUAGCCCAGUUCCGCAAAACUUCAAGGUGGACCAUCAUCCUGGUGGGGGUCACUGGUUUGCAGCUGGUCUGUCUCCUAAUAUUCCAGGACGGACUAUAUCAAUACAUGCUCCUCCGCACCUUCAUAGGCCGCCAUAUGCUUAUGGCAGUAGUUAUGGUAGUUUAGGAAGCCAUAAUAGUUAUAGUGAUGGUAAUGUACUUGGUAGUAGCUAUGGGAGCUAUGGGGAUAAUUUUAAUACAUUUACGUAUUUUUCACCUGUUGGUCCAUCUGCAAUGAAUUUUCAUAAUCAAGGUGGUAUGACAAUGGUCGGAUCUAGCCCUGAUGCGAAGUGGAGAAUUUUUCAUCGGCCUCAAGGACUUGGUUAUGCUCCAUCUGCUGGAAAUUUUGCACCAUUACCUCUUGGAACAAGUCCUUCACAAUUUACUCCUCCUAGCAGUUAUACUCAAUAUUCUGGUUCUCCUGGACAUUAUGCUGCUGCAUCUCCAGCAAGAGGAAAUUUUCAGGGAUCUCCUCUCGGAAAAGGCAUUGCUGCUAGCAAUUUCAGUCGAAGAAAAAAUUGGGGAUAUCCUGGAAAUAUGCAAUUUCAAGAGGCUAUGUCCUCGUCUCAAGGACAAUUGAAUGAGACUCUGUGCUUCAGUCAUGGUGAGGGACAAGGUAACUCACAGGUACCUGUUGGUAGCUUGCAUAUGCCUUUUAACUCUAACACAUUAAGUUGGAAGCAGUCACCUGGUAAUCGAAGCUUCAGUACAGAUCAGUCACUGUCGUGUAUUCCAAGUCUGCAGUUUUCUCAAACCGAAGGACCUUCUGAUGAGAAGGUUGAUGCGACAGCAUUGCCCCACCCUGGUGAUUGGGAUCCAAAUUAUAGUGAUGAACUACUACUGCAAGCUGAUAGUUCAGAUGUGAGCAGCAUAACUUCUGAGUUUGGUAAGAAGGUCUGUGUCGAUCAAGCUACAGCAUCAUCAGAGACUUUUGGAACGGGAAGAUACAACCAUGAUUCAAAUCCAGUGCCUAAUUCAUCUUGGAGGCCCUGUGGUCCUAUUCAAGUUUUUUCAAACCCAGAAGCAAACAGCCCACCUUCUGUAUACAAUAUGCCUUUGGGGUAUGGGCCUUCCAUGUCAAGGGCCCCACAAUAUGGGUCACAAUUGUCACCAACUUCACUAAGCCGUUUGGGACAGCCUCCUAUUCAGCGUAACAAUCACGGGAGAUCAUUUGAGGGGAUUCAUCCAAUGCCACCACACAGUUCUUUUAGCUUUGAUCCUGGAAAUUCUCAUGCUCUUGGAACAUGGGGUCGCCGAACAGACCCUUUUGUUAACAUUCCACCUUUUUCUCGUGAAAGAAAAGACUAUGGGAGGAUAUAAUGAUGUUGCGACUGCCAGCUUGUCUCGUCUGCUAUCAUCACGUCCUUCGUUUUUGAGCUUGUGCUGUUGAAUAUCCCAUCAUGAACAUGCUCAUUCUUUGUGUAGCAAUUAUUAGAAUUUUGAAGUAAAUCUUGUGGAUUGCUUUCAUGUUGUUCCCCUAUUGUCUAAUGCAAUGUGCAUCAUUUUGAGUGAAGGCAUGUCCGACUAUUCUCAAAUUAUCUGAGUAGUUGAAGUCCAGCCUCACUAGCAAAUGAAUGUGAGGCUGCAACGCCAACUACACCAUUCUAAAUGUUUGCUAUCAAUAGUCGAUAAUCCAUUGUUUGUUCAUCAUACAAUACACAACUAAACUUUAUCGAAUUGUAGUACUCGUUGUUUCGUUACACACUAAUUCAUAAUUUUAGACAACAUAAAAGCUAAAAUAUAAAAGAAUUUAUCU